AAUGUAAUUGUGACGUAAUAAAUCUGCUUAUGAAGGUAGAGACGUGGUAUUACUAAAGUAUGAUAAUGAUAUGGCUUUCAUAAUGGUUAGGGUUUGUUGGUUUUUAGGAAUUCAUAGUGUGUGUGAGCUAAGUUUCAUGCUGAGAUUGAUUCCACCACAGUUGAAUGAUUUAGCGCUUUUGUUGUGAUUGCAGCUCACAGCGGCUCAGAACCUGACGUUUAUCGACCCGUUCUGCAAAACAGCAUCCAAAACCAAAGAUCGGAUCCUGCUCAAGGCUAUCUGCGGCAGCAUCUUCAGUGCCAUCGUGGACCAGGCUCCCUUCGUCAUUGAAGACCUGCUGAAGGAGUGAAUGCUACAGGUGGAGGGUCUGAGGAGUCUGACUCGGGACAGGCUUCUGAAGAAGAAGAAGAGGAAGAGAAAAAGCUGCUAUGAAAUCCCCAUGAAAACCUCUGGAAAGCAGACCAACUGUAGGCAUGAAGUUCUGAGGACUAACUGGCACCGUAUCAUCUGAGGCAGAUGAUGAAUAUAGUCUGGCGGAUGAAGAAGAUGAAAUGCUCCAUCUGGAGAGCGAUUUGGAGUCUGAGAUACCAGAAGAUUGGGGGAUUGGACCUGUUCUCCAGUUUGACUACUCUGCCCUGGCGGACAGGCUGUUUGGCUAGCCAGCCGUAGCAACACCCCCAGCCACAACAGACAGAGACUCUACAAAGUCAUCAAGACUCUCCGGGAUCUCAGUGACGUCGCUCUUUUCCUUUUGUCUUCCUCUCGCUCUCUCAGGAGUCUUCCCACAGGACGAGUACCCCGAGGAAGUGUCAACGGAUGACAAUGAAAUGUUUGGCAGCAGAAAGAGGAUGAAGAGGGGAAGAGCCCUAGAGGAGGAAGAGCUCACCAGCCAAGAAACGUAAAGCUGUCCAGAUGGCUGGUCUCAGACGAUCCUGCAGGUAAAGAAGCUGAAUGUGGAGGUCCUGGGCUGGCGUGGUUACACGUGGUCUGCAGUUGUGAGGCCGGCUGGACGUACUGAGAAAUGUUCAAAAAUUAUAUUGGGAGGUGGCUUAUGGCAAGAAAAACGACUCAAAACCAGGGAAGUCAGACCAGCGUGCAGCAUCGGACGAGAGAACCAGCAAAGACACCCGGGGACACCACCACGAGGAAGAAGAGGAGCAUGGGAGAAGUGAAGAGUGACGAGCAAAACAGUGUGGCGGAGGAGUCAGAAGUGAAGGCUGAGGUGGACACAACUCCUCCUACAACAAAGAGUGAAACGACAGACGCUAAGAAGGCAGCACCUACAGAAGCAAAGACUGUGCUCUCUGCCCCAAUAGACUCUGUAGAGGCCGGAGAGGUGGGGGUAAAGAGAACCUCUACCCCGGGCUGAGCGCACCGAUGUUGGGGAGAAGCAAGACGCUGUCCUGGAGGAGGACACCUCUCCUAUGAAGGUCACUGAUACUCCCACAGAGGUAACUGCCGUGGAGACAGAGGUCCAAUCAGAAACUCCACAGGAUGUAGUGGUGGGGAGCCUAUCAUCUGUCAUGGAGAUGGAACAGAAGACUCAAUCCGAGACACCGUUACCAGACAGCACGUCGUCCAAGAAGAAAAAGAUCAAGAAGUCUAAAACGCCUGUACAGGAGGAAGCGGUAGCAGAACCAGAGACUAAUACAGAUGUGUCGGAGGCUAGUGUGAAAGCCACGGAGACAGAAGACCAGCCUGCUCCAGCUACCCAGGACGGAGAGGCUGCAGAGGGGGCUACAGAGCCAGAGAGCGCCCCUGAGACUGCUACUACUAGCACAACCAAGAGGAAGGGCAGGAGGAAGAGCACCAAGCAGGACCCUGAGGAACAGACCACCGUAGAGGAGGUUGAGACGAAGCCAGAUGCUGUAGAAGAGAUCAUGGCCACCUCACUAAAGAAGACUAGGAGGAAGAAGGCUGAACGGAGUGCUGAGAGCACAAAGGAAGAGGUCGCUGAAACAGACUCAGCACCGGUAGACACGACACCAGCAGGCCCUAAACCAAUGGCCACUCCAGCUGAGGAGCCUCCAGCUGACGUCCGCAUCGCCACCACUUCCCUGAAAAAGAAGAAACUAAAGGCGGCCAAGUUUGAAGAGGAGAGUGUGGAGGUCGAGGGUGAAAUGCAACCAGAAACUGAAACGGCCGUCAUACUUGUAGUCGCUGAGACUGUGCCGGCAGAAGUCGCUACACCAACCCUGCUCAAAAAGAAGACGGCCAAAGCUGAAGAACAGAGCGUGGAGGCCGAGGGUAAAACAAAGACGCGAGCAGACUCCAACCGCACAUUUGUAGACGCUGAGGCGGAGCUUGUAGAGGUUUCCACACCAACUCCGCUCAAGAAGAAAAAGAAGGCAGCGCCGGUAUCUGAGGAGCAGGAGCCAGACACCAUGGCAGUGGAGCAGAGAAGCUGCCCACAAAGGUUGACCUGGAGACUCCCGUGUAGAAGCGGAAGUUCCCGGUAGUGAUUGAGGUCGAGACUGAGGAGCUGGAAGCUGAGGCAGAGGCUGCUAGAGUCAACGACAGCAAAGAGCCGUCUACACCGGUGAACGCCAAGAAAACAAAAAUGAUGAUGCCCAAGAAGGCUAAGGGAGGGGAGGAGGCUGACUUCAUUACGUUCCAGAACCAUGCCACCAUCCCUACACCCAUCUUCUUCAAGAGAGCAAAGGGAAGCCCCAGCACAUCGUUGUCCAGCAAGAAGAAGUGUCAGACUCCAAAAUCUGAAUCCAAAAUUCAGGAAGACCGAUCGCAGCCUGCUGGUGAGUCCAGAAGGGUCGUCCAGAGUGCCAUUUGACCCCCAGCAGAAACCCCUGUUUGGAGUGCUGAAGUCCCCAGUGGCCUCUCUUACCAACAGCACCAAGAAGAAGACCAAGAGCAUCCCGAAAGCCAGCCCCAAACGCCCUACUCUGCUGCUGACUUUUUCUAGUCGUCCAUGAGGAGACUGGUGAGACAGAGGACACUUCAUUCUGCAAGAAAAGUUUUGGCUGUUUGGAAAGACAUGACAAGGUGGGCAAAUCAGAAAUGGGCUGACAACUAGGCUAUCAAUCUGUCAACUUGGAUUGAAGUUUGAUUGGCAAGUAGAACGUUUGGAUUGGCAGGCAGCGAUGUGGAUUAUAACCCAUAAGUGGAGACGAGUUGAUUUAUUCAAUGAUGUAGGUCAGACGGUGUACCACUGUACCAAGAAUUGCUGUGGUAAUAAUUUUAUGUCCACGAUAUAGAAGGGUUGAACAACCUGCACUGAUUAGGGGAUUGUAGGGACCAGACAGGCUGUUCAGCCUUGUAGGCUCUGUCUAGGUUCUGUUCAUCAGGAAAUUGAUGAUCCAUUCUGCCAUAUUCAACUCUAAAUUCAUGAGUUCAUCUGAUGAAACAGGUUGAAUAGUAUCAAAUAUUCAGCUAUAAGAUUCUGAACAAAUAACAGCUGCCUCAUUUCCAUUUUUGUCUCUAAGUUGAAGGUCAAUUCAAAAGCCCAUGGCCAAAUCCUGUUUUUAUGUACCUUAGCACAAACUGAAAAGUUUAUUGCUGUGAUUUGCCCAGUCAGAAUUGUAAUACUGUAUUAAGCAUGGCGUUAGAUGUGCCUCAGCCAAAUGCUGAGGGAGAAGAAGGCAGACCUUACAGGGAAGAAAGAAUAGGGUGGCUUGGGGUUAAACGCACCCCAGGGUUAAACUGUAAUCCUCACAAACCAUUGUCACCACCCCAAAAAAUGCAACUCUUUUCCUGGAUGCCACUAGUUCGUUUUUAUUAAAUAAAACAAUUGUAUUAA